AUGCAGAUGGACUGCGGUGGUGUUUCCGCAAUCUGGCAAUCUAAAACUUACGAGGUCGGAGCGUCAGGAGCCGCCUUGCGUUGGUGGGUGCAAUUCAAUGCUGCCGUCUCCCAAGUCCGCAUUUCUGCAUGGCUACCGAACGCGGCUAUAGAAGGCCACGUGGAUGGUUCACCCGUAAGUGUGCGGCGGCGCCCAGCUGUACUGCCCUUGACAUCGAUAUUAGCGACGGCAAGCAGUGCAUACCAGGGGCGCGGGCCGGAAAGGAUGAUCGAUUCAGAUUACGAUACUGAGUGGUUUGCGGGGAAAGGUGAGCAGGAGGCUUGGAUUCUCCUCGAGCUUCCAGAGGAAGUCACGAUCGAUUCUGUCGCCUGGACUUGGUGGGCCCAGUCCGCGGCAGAUGAGUGGGUACUGUCAAGCCGCAGGUAUUUGACAGGUCCGUGGGCUGAGCGCAGUUCUAGCGAAACGAUCUCUCAGCCAACCAAGUUCAACUCUGAAGUCAAGGUCAAUGGCUGGCAGGAGCCUUCGAAGUGGAUCCGGCUCCAAAUGCAGAAGGGGCACCAGGAUCCGUGGAACUUCGGUGUAUUCUUUGGCAUACGAUCCUUUACGAUUCUGGGCCGGGAUGAAGCGGCUUCAGCUGGUGGAUCGGAUCUGUGGCGGGAAGAUGGCCCAGGUUCAACCAUCCCCGCGGGAAUUUGGUUCGCUUUGGAACAUCCCAGGGCGCGAUGCAAGGUGCGUAGCCACGCUGAAGCCCGAGAGCCUGUUUCCUCAACAGGUCCUGUUUGGCGGAGGGCCGAGUGUACCCUUGAGCUCUCUGAGAAGCCAACAGGCCGUGUGCAGGUUUCUGCAUCUAUGGGAGUCUUCGAGGACGGGCAGUACCCGCAGCUGCGCCGCAUAUUCUCCCGAUAUUUGGAAUUGGUGCGGGGCCGGGACUUCGGCCAGACUUUGCACUACAACAGCUGGUACGAUCUCCGAAGUACGCCCUGCGACGAAUCGCAGAGGCAGCGUUGCUUUUCGCACAAGAUGACGGAGGUGGCAUGUUCGCAGCGCAUCGCAAUCUUCAACGAAAACCUGACGCUUCACGGCGGGAACUCACUGGAUGCUUUCUUGUUGGAUGAUGGAUGGGAUAAUGCAGACAGCCUGUGGGAAGUGGACAGGAAACACUUUCCCGGCGGCUUUGCUUCCUUGGUGCAGCACAGCGAGAAAUGGGGCACAAAGAUGGGCGUUUGGAUGUCGCCUUUCGGAGGAUAUGGUGCGGCAGGUGCCCGCCGCGUCCGACAUGGUGCCAGCCAUGGUUUCGAGCGAAGCUUUCGGGGGGGCUUCGCCCUCGCAGGGCAGAGGUAUUUUGAAAGCUUCCGGUCCGUUGUGCGUGACCGCAUUGCUGAAGGAUUCCGGCUCUUCAAGUUCGAUGGUUUGGGCGGCGGCUUGGGGCAGAGUGGCGGCGAGGAGGACCGCGACGACUUCGAGGCCAUGCUAAGCCUGAUCCAGGAUCUACGAUCACGCGACAGUGGAGAUGUCCCACUCUGGGUCAGUUUGACCAUCGGCACUUGGCCGUCUCCUUUCUGGCUGCUUUGGGGCGAUUCUAUCUGGCGAGAUGGGCCAGACGUCGGUGCAGAGGGCUUGGGAUCGCCUCGGGACCGAUGGUUGAAUUUCCGCGACUGGGCCUUGCGAAGGGCGCAAGCUCGUGGCCCGCUUUUCCCCAUGACUGCGUUCAUGCAGCAUGGCGUGGUGUGGAGCAAGUCUGCAGAGACCGCCGACAUGUGGCCCCCGACAAAAACGACGCUUCUGGCAGAUUUCUGCAAGGAGGUUCUGUCAUUCUUCCUGGCCGGCACGGGCCUUCAGGAGCUCUACAUUCAGUCAGAGCUGAUGACGACAGACUACUGGAAAGCUUUGGCGGUCGCAUCAAGCUUUGCACGAAAGGAGCAAAAGCUCCUCCGCGAUGCGCAUGCCAUCGGCGGGGAUGUGCAGAGAGUCUACGGUGCAGCAGCAUUCGACGAUGCUUGGAAGACUAUUCUUGGGUGUGCCAGUAGGCGCUGCGUGGAGAGGCGCAGGGCAUCAGAGGGAACUGUCGACGACUCGCUGUCCCUGAGCCUUUGGUUCCCUGGCAGGUGCCGGAGGCCGCGCCUAGACGCUUGGACGGAGAAGGAUCCAUUGAUUACAGGGGCCAUUGGCCCAAGAGGCGGCAAUACCUCUCCCAGCCACGCGGCUGACCUUGCCGCGAGCUUUGCGGAAUCGCUCCAGCCCUCUGAGCUCUCCCUCGGCUUGGGCAAGCCCGCGGGCCGCCGCGCCGAGCAGCCCCCCGUGCGGAAGACUCCAGGGUUCACUGACAGUGGUGAAGCAUCAAGGGGUGAGAUGAUUGCGCUGUCAGCACAGACGUUGGGACUUUCCAUGCUCCUGGAGCUUCCAAGAACAUCUGACAUCCCAGUUGCAGACCUGGAUAGCGAGCUGCUCCAGCGAGAUGCGGCCAUCGAUAAUUUGCAAAGAACUUUGCGUGAGACGCAAGACACACUGCAAAAGGCGCUGCUUUCGCCACAAGAAGGCGGCUUGUGGAAAGACCGGUACCACGAGGCACAGAAGCAAAACGAGACUCGGGGGCGGGAGGUCAACGAGCUGGGCCUAAAGUUAGACACCAAAGAGAAAGAGAUCAAGCUUCUUAGUCAGUAUGUCCGGAAGCUGGAAGAGGAGGCACGCAUCCGAGACAGUCAGCGUGAGCGGCUGCUCACGGAUGCCAGCAUUUCACGCAGCAAGUUCAAGCAGACAGAGUCGGACCAGAAGCAGCUCGUAUCCAGAUUGCACAGCUUGGAAGACAGCUUCGCACGCUGCAUUGGCAGGGUGACGCAGGCUUUAACUGCUGGCGUGGUGGGCGUUUGCAUCGAUGAGGCCCAGCCAUUGCCGCGGUUUGUCGUUCUGAGUCCACGCCCGGGUGGAAGUGCCAUCUUGGAGAUUUUUGAGGAACCUGACUCGCACUGGGAACUUGCAGCAGUGGAGCUCUCGCCGAUGGGAGUUGGCAAGAAACCUCCAGUCACGUUGGAUGAGAAUGCACUUUCCCUGGUGACCUGUGGCAUCUCAGGUGGUGGUGCAGCAUACCAAGAAGCUGUCAGCUCCCCCGCCCUAAAGUGUCCCGAUAAGGCAUCUUUUGCAAAGUGGACAUUCGCCUUCCGAAACUUGGGCCUUCUGCCGCAGUAUGGAGCCGUUGCAUCUGCACCCAGCUCACCACAAGCAGAGCAAGCGCCGACGUCUCCGAUGUCGCCCGCGCGAGCUCUGGCACAAAAGGAUGAAGCCCUGACCGAAACGAGACUCAACAGUCUUUUGGGGGCUGUGGAGGGAAACCUGCAGGGUGAGCAGCGUCUGGAAAAGCGGCUCAUGCUUCGAGCGUGCGCUGUGGUCAUACGGAUACACCUGCCCAAGGAGGAACGCAAGGAGAAUCUGCUUCUACUCUGCUACCUGCGGGCGUACUACGUUGUUGCAGCGUGGGAAGAUGGAAUCCACUGGGUAAAUAGCCAUGGGAGUUGUAUAUAUUUGUAUUGUGACACGGCCGUGCUCGGCCUGCGCAUCGCUCUUCGCAUGCAGAGGCUGGUCUUCGAGUUUCCAGAGUGGGCAGAGGAUGGGUACAAGAAAGACUGCCAGGGCUGCAGCACCCUUUGCGCGGUCUCUGUUGGAAUGGAGCUGGGUAGCCUCCUCCCCUUGCGUGGGGACUUCUUUGGAGAGGCCGUCGACGCUGCCAUCCAGAUGCUUUGCUUCUUAG